AUGGGUUUCAACAUUCAACCUUAUGGAAUUCAAUCCAUGCUCAAGGAAGGCCACAAACACCUUUCUGGUCUCGAUGAGGCGGUUCUCAAGAACAUCGACGCCUGCAAACAACUUUCCACUAUCACUCGAACUUCCCUUGGACCCAAUGGUAUGAAUAAGAUGGUAAUAAUAAAUCCGAAGCUACUUGGUUACCCUCACGGUUCUUGUGCUGAAAAGUUUGUUCAUUCUCUUUUUUCUGUUCAGUUACUGUGUCAAAAUUUGAGAUUUGCUGCUUUCAGCAACACUGCAUUGAGCUAUGCCUACAGCAGCGACGACAGGGAUGCAAAUGGAAUGGAUUUCUUGCACCUCAUGGAAGAGCGUGGGGUUCGUGCGAAUUCCCAGACAUAUUUGUUGCUUUUAGAAGGGUGUUUGAGUUCUGGGUCGUUUCCUGAUGGUUGGAAGCUUCAUGCGAAGAUUCUGAAGAUGGGUUUUUGUACAGAAGUGGUUUUGUGUGAAUGUCUUAUGGACUUGUACAUUGCCCUUGGUGACUUGGAUGGCACAGUCAAGAUGUUUGAUGAAAUACCUGUUAGAACCUUGCCUUGUUGGAAUAAGGUUUUGUAUAGGUUUGUUGCUGGGAAAAUGACUGAUCAAGUUUUGGGUUUGUUUAGGCGAAUGGUGAGGGAAAAGGUGAAGCCUGAUGAGAAAACUUAUGCUGGGGUUUUGAGGGGUUGCAGUGGUGGUGAUGUUCCUUUCUACUAUGUGGAACAGAUACAUGCAAGGACUAUAUCUCAUGGUUAUGAAAAUAGUUUGUUGGUAUGUAAUCCUCUGAUUGAUUUGUAUUUUAAAAAUAGGUUUUUGAAUUCUGCUAAGAACGUCUUUGACAGCUUAAAGAAGAGGGACAGUGUUUCUUGGCUAGCUAUGAUAUCUGGUUUAUCGCAAAGUGGGUGUGAAGAAGAGGGGGUUCUUCUAUUUUGUCAGAUGCACACAUUGGGAGUCUAUCCUACCCCUUACAUAUUUUCAAGUGUUCUAAGCGCAUGUACUAAAAUAGAGCUAUUUAAGCUUGGAGAGCAGCUCCAUUGCCUUGUUCUCAAGCAGGGAUUCUCUUCUGAAACCUAUGUUUGCAAUGCCCUUGUGACAUUAUAUUCACGUAUGGGGAACUUUAUAUCAGCUGAGCAGGUUUUUAAUGCAAUGUUGCAGAGGGAUGAAGUUUCGUAUAAUUCACUCAUUUCAGGUUUAGCUCAACAAGGAUAUAGUGACAGAGCUUUAGGUUUGUUUAAGAAAAUGUGCCUUGAUUGCCUAAAGCCUGACUGUGUUACGCUUGCAAGUAUUUUGAGUGCCUGUUCAUCAGUUGGGGCUCUCCAGGUAGGAAAGCAAUUUCACUCGUAUGCUAUUAAGGCUGGGAUGUCUUCAGAUAUUAUCUUGGAAGGCUCACUGCUUGAUCUUUAUGUAAAAUGCUCGGAUGUAAAAAAUGCCCAUGAAUUUUUCCUUUCAACUGAUACUGACAAUGUGGUGUUGUGGAAUGUGAUGCUUGUGGCUUAUGGCCAGAUGGACAAUUUAGACGAAUCAUUUAAAAUAUUUACACAGAUGCAGAUGCAAGGUAUUGUACCAAAUGAAUUCACCUAUCCAAGUAUUUUGAGAAUUUGCUCUUCUUUGAAGGCUCUUGAUCUAGGAGAACAAAUUCAUACUCAAGUCCUAAAAACUGGCUUUCAGUUGAAUGUGUAUGUCUCUAGUGUGCUUAUCGAUAUGUAUGCUAAACUUGGAAAUUUGUAUACUGCACUGAAAAUCCUUAGAAGAUUAAAAGAGAAAGAUGUUGUUUCUUGGACAGCCAUGAUUGCCGGGUACGUGCAGCAUGAAAAUUUUGCUGAGGCUCUUAACCUCUUUAAAGAAAUGCAAGAUGAAGGGAUACAAUCUGAUAAUAUAGGAUUUGCGAGUGCAAUUAGUGCAUGUGCAGGUAUCCGAGCACUUGAUCAAGGACGGCAAAUUCAUGCUCAAGCAUGUGUCUCUGGUUAUUCAGAUGAUAUUUCAGUUGGUAAUGCACUUGUUGGUCUUUAUGCUAGGUGUGGGAAAGUACGACAAGCAUACUUUGCUUUUGAUAAAAUAUUUGCUAAAGAUAAUAUAUCAUGGAACUCAUUGAUAUCUGGUUUUGCACAAAGUGGACAUUGUGAGGAUGCACUGAGUGUAUUUUCUCAAAUGAAUAAUGCUGCACUAGAAAUCAAUUCAUUUACAUUUGGCUCUGCUGCUAGUGCUGCUGCCAAUAUUGCUAACGUUAAACUAGGGAAGCAGAUUCAUGCCAUGAUUUUAAAAACUGGUUAUGAUUCAGAAACUGAAGUGUCUAAUGUUUUGAUCACACUGUAUGCAAAAUGUGGUACCAUUGAAGAUGCUGAGAGACAGUUUUUGGAAAUGCCUGAGAAAAAUGAGGUUUCUUGGAAUGCCAUGCUUACUGGUUAUUCUCAACAUGGUCGUGGAUUUGAAGCAUUAACCCUUUUUGAGGAUAUGAAGCAGCUUGAUGUCUUGCCAAAUCAUGUCACCUUUGUGGGAAUCUUAUCAGCAUGUAGUCAUGUGGGUUUGGUUGAUGAGGGAAUUAGCUAUUUUCAAUCAAUGAGUGAAGUUCAUGGUUUGGUGCCAAAACCUGAACAUUAUGCAAGUGUUGUAGAUCUUCUUGGGAGAUCUGGUCUUUUAAACCGUGCAAAGAGAUUUGUUGAGGAAAUGCCUAUUCAACCCGAUGCAAUGGUCUGGCGGACCCUUUUAAGUGCUUCUAUUGUUCAUAAGAAUAUUGAUAUUGGAGAGUUUGCGGCAAGUUAUCUUCUGAAACUGGAACCUGAAGAUUCAGCAACCUAUGUUCUUCUUUCAAAUAUGUAUGCAGUGACUGGGAAAUGGGGUUGUAGGGAUCGGACAAGGCAAAUGAUGAAAGAUAGAGGUGUUAAAAAAGAGCCCGGUCGUAGCUGGAUAGAGGUUAAUAAUUCAGUGCAUGCAUUUUUUGCUGGUGAUCAUAAACACCCUCAUGCAGAUAAGAUAUAUGAAUAUCUCAGUGAUUUGAGUGAAAAGGCUGCUGAAAAUGGUUACAUUCCACAGACCAAUAGCCUUUUGAAUGAUAUAGAACGCCGUCAGAAGGGCCCAACACAAAUUAUUCACAGUGAGAAACUGGCAAUUGCGUUUGCAUUGCUUAGUUUGCCUAGCUCUACUCCUAUCCAUGUUUUUAAAAACCUUCGUGUUUGUGGUGAUUGCCAUAACUGGAUUAAGCAUGUCUCUAAGAUCUCAGAUCGAGUGAUUGUAGUGAGAGAUUCAUAUCGCUUUCAUCAUUUUAAGGAUGGUAUUUGUUCAUGUAAAGAUUACUGGUAA